AUGAUUCCGGAGCCAUCGGAAGCAUCUAAAGGGGAAGUUUUGAAGACAAAGAUGACGGCACACAGUCUUCACAAAGCAUUGUCUGCGAUGCUUCUUAGCAAAGUGCAGGACGGACAGUCUCUCGAGGAACUAAAUAAAUUGCUUAUUGAAUACGUUUACAGGGGAAGUAAUAUUACUUAUAAUGAAACUAGAAGAAAUCAAGAACUUUCUUGA